GGAAGGGGCCAGCACAUCUCCAUGGGAUGAUGCCCGCUCUCCGCCGGCGGGGCGCGGGGUGGAAUUCCGCCGGGAAUGAAGUGCUCGCUCGACAUUUGCUGCAUCUGCCGGAGCGUCAGGGUUCAGUGGCUGCCUCCCCUUCAACCAGCUGUUCCGGUUAAUCACUGCGCUUCCAACUUUUGCUUGGCAAUGCCUGAUGGACAGCGGAGCCGAGAGAACUAGCGUCGGAUUUUUAGGACCUCGUUAAAAAAACCCCCAUACUCUUCAUUUUCCUAUUUCUACACAGGACUGGCGAGCCGCACAGUGUUAAACAGCCGUGUAAAGGUAUUUCUUCCCAAAGGAUUGCCAGAUUUCUGAGUCCCCGCAAGCUGGAGAGCCCCGGACGAUUGGUGCUCGAUCUCGCUGCCGGGCGGUGCGGGAGCCGCGUGUGCGCCGCAGCCGCGCUCGGCGGUGGGAGGCAGCCCGGGCUGCCCGGGAAGGGGUUCCAGCGCAGGCAGGGAGAGAAAACCGAGCGGCUCUUACAAUUAAUUGAAUGAUUUGAUAGAUAACAGCAGACAUGCUUUGUGGACUGAAAAAGGAUUUGCAGUCAGACUUUGAUGAUGGCCCUUACUCAAAGGGGAGCAAGGACUCUGGUGGGAUGGACGCAGCCCUGGUCUCCAGGAGGCAAAGCAUCCCAGAUGAGUUCAGAGGGGUCACAAUUGUGGAGCUGAUUAAGAAAGAAGGAAGCACCCUCGGUUUAACCAUUUCAGGUGGCACAGACAAAGAUGGAAAGCCAAGAGUCUCUAAUCUGAGGCCAGGGGGACUGGCUGCAAGGAGUGACCAGCUGAACGUGGGGGAUUACAUCAAGUCGGUGAAUGGCAUUAACCUGACCAAGCUGCGGCACGACGAGAUCAUCAGCUUGCUGAAGAACGUGGGCGAGAGGGUGGUGCUGGAAGUGGAGUACGAGCUCCCUCCAGCUGUGCCAGAAAGCAGUGCUGGCAUUAUUCCCAAGACCAUUGAAGUGUCCCUCUACAAGGAAGGCAACAGCUUUGGCUUUGUGCUGAGAGGGGGAGCCCAUGAAGACUGGCACAAGUCCAGGCCACUGGUGCUCACCUAUGUGAGGCCAGGUGGCCCUGCAGACAGGGAAGGGUCCUUGAAAAUUGGGGACAGGCUGCUGAGUGUGGAUGGGAUUCCUCUGCACAGCAUGACCCAUGCUGAUGCCCUCAACAUCCUGCGGCAGUGCAGCCAGGAGGCACUUUUCCAGAUCGAGUAUGAUGUGACCAUCAUGGAUACUGUAGCAAAUGCUUCUGGUCCUUUACUAGUUGAAAUAGCAAAGACCCCAGGGUCCACGCUGGGGAUCACGCUGACCACAGCCAUGCACCGGAACAAGCAGGUCAUUGUCAUCGACAAGAUCAAGCCAGCCAGCGUGGUGGACAGGUGUGGUGCAUUGCACGUUGGUGACCACAUUCUCUCCAUUGAUGGCACAAGCACAGAGCACUGCUCCUUAUUAGAGGCAACUCAGCUUUUAGCUGCCACUUCUGAAAAUGUCAAGCUGGAGAUAUUACCUGUUCACCAAAGCAGGCUGCCUUUGAAGCCUCCAGAAACAGUCAAGGUCCAGAAGAGUGACCACCAUCACUGUUGGGACCCCUGUGUCAACUAUUGUCACACCCACCACCCUGGGCACUGCAAGACACCCACUUGGACCCAGACAUCUGGACAGGAUUACUGCAAAUCUCUGGUGGCUGCCAACUUCUCGUCUCCCACCAUGAACGCGCAGGGAUUCCCGUGCCAGAACUCCAACACGCUACCUCGCAGCUCCCACCCCAUGAGCCCCCGCACCACCAUGCUGAGGAGGAGGCAGAAGAAGAAGGAGCACAAGAGCUCAUUGUCGCUGGCCUCCAGCACGGUGGGUCCUGGCGGACAGAUAGUCCACACGGAGACGACAGAGGUGGUCCUUAGGGGAGACCCUCUGAAUGGCUUUGGACUUCAGCUCCAGGGAGGCAUCUUUGCUACGGAAACUCUGUCUUCCCCACCUCUCGUCCGUUUUAUUGAGCCUGACAGCCCGGCAGAGAGGUGUGGACUGCUGCAAGUAGGAGACCGAGUCCUUUCCAUCAACGGCAUUGCGACGGAGGACGGCACCAUGGAGGAGGCCAACCAGCUGCUGCGGGACGCGGCGCUCACCAACAAAGUGGUGCUGGAGAUCGAGUUCGACGUCGCAGAGUCUGUCAUACCCAGCAGCGGUACUUUCCACGUUAAAUUGCCCAAGAAAAGAGGUGUAGAGCUUGGAAUUACAAUCAGCUCUGCAAGCAGAAAGCUUGGGGAUCCUUUGAUCAUCUCUGACAUCAAGAAGGGGAGUGUAGCACACAGAACUGGCACCUUGGAGCCGGGAGACAAGCUGCUAGCCAUUGAUAACAUCCGACUCGACAAUUGCUCAAUGGAGGAUGCUGUGCAGAUUUUAAGGCAGUGCGAAGACCUGGUCAAAUUGAAGAUUAGGAAGGAUGAAGAUAACUCUGACGAGCAGGAGACGACUGGUGCUAUUAUCUACACGGUGGAGCUGAAGCGAUAUGGAGGCCCUUUGGGAAUAACCAUCUCUGGGACAGAGGAACCUUUCGAUCCUAUUGUCAUUUCAGGCUUGACUAAACGAGGGCUGGCAGAGAGAACCGGAGCCAUCCAUGUUGGGGACCGGAUCUUGGCGAUCAACAAUGUGAGCCUGAAGGGCAAACCACUGAGCGAGGCCAUUCACCUGCUGCAGAUGGCAGGAGAGACCGUCACCCUCAAGAUCAAGAAGCAGACAGAGAAAUCCUACCCCAAGAAGUCGGGGAGCAUAAAUGAAGUGAGUGACCCAGAAGAUGAGCUGACAGACUCCCAGAAAACUAGCAAGCUGUCUGAGAUAUACUCCACCACAAUUCCAAGUGUGGACAAUACUGUGGAGUCCUGGGAUGGCUCUGCCAUUGAUGCUGGGUAUGGAAGCCAAGGUACCUACAUACCCCAGGCAGCUGGCAUAGCCCUCCAUCCACAUGAGUGGAGACACAGCAGGCAGAAGAGCAGCACCCCUCCAGCAGACCCCAGGAAAAGCUACCCCUACAUGGAUGGAAGCUUCAGUGAAGAUGACUGGGACAAGCCCGGCAGAUACCCCAACCGCCAAAAUGGCCUUGAGACCACUCAUGAGGACAAUUUUUGGCGUGUUUUUGGAGAAGCUUUGGAGGAUUUGGAAACAUGUGGCCAGUCUGAACUUUUGAGGGAGAUUGAGGCAUCCAUCAUGACAGGGAGCGUGCACAACCUGGGCUUGGAGGGCAGCAAGCUGCUCCUGGACUCUGUCAACCCCUCGGGAAUGAGCCCGCUGAGGAAAGCCAACUCCAGCUGCAUGGACGGACAGACGGAGGGCAGCAGCUCCCCUGCCAAGAAGAACGAGAGGAACCUGGACAUGAAGAAGAUCGAGAAGGAGAUGCAGGAAAUCAUGUCCCCGACCCCCCUUGAGUUUCACAAGAUGACACUCCACAAAGACCCGGAGAGCGAAGACUUUGGAUUCAGUUUGUCGGAUGGCCUGCUAGAAAAAGGUGUCUAUGUAAAUAUGGUCCGUCCGGAUGGGCCAGCAGAUCAGUGUGGCCUCAAGCCAUAUGACAGAGUGCUUCAGGUAAACCGCAUCCGAACGAGAGACUUUGACUGCUGUCUGGCCGUUCCCUUGAUUUCAGAGGCUGGAGAUAAGCUGGACCUGGUGAUUAGCCGGAACCCCUUGGCACUGGCUGCCAAUGCUCCCUCGGAGGGGAACAGAGAGCUCCUGGCACAGGUGCCCUGCAGCGCCGAGGUCAAGGCGAGUGUCCAGACACUCUGAGCAGCAGGAGCAGAGCAGAUGAUGCCUCUGCUGAGCUCUUGUGGUAUUUGGGGUGUUUUUCCUGAUUUUUUGCACUGGUAUUUGUAAAUGCUCUGUGUACCAUAACCUGCAAGUGGGGAGGUGGGUCUCCAGUGAGCCUGUAGACCACCAAAUAUUGCUGGGAAGGUCAGAGCUGGGUGUGCGCCUGGGGCUGUGGCAGUGAUGGCAGCAGGACAAACUGCCAACAGGAGGAAGGAGCAUCCACAGCCAUCCCCCAUGGCAGGGCAUCCCCCUGUGCUUCUGCCAUCAACUGUGCAGGGUCC